AUGUCUGAGACUGGAAGGGCAGAGGGCAGCACUGGCAGUGAGCUGGUGGAUCUGGGAGGGGCCUCAGGCGAGAUGAGCCUUGAAAACAAAGAAACCUUAUUCAGCUUCCAAGAAGGGAGCUGUCAGAUCUCUGUGUUACCAAUACACAGCAGGAAAACACCCUCCAAAGACGCACAUCAGCAGCGGGACAGAGCGGAGAGGACAGCAACUGCAGAUAUGUCAUACUUGGCCAAUAUUCCAAGAUCUUCCACCACUCAUUCCAAGCCUGUGAGAUAUAAGCCUUUCCCUCAGUACUGCAGUCCAUUCCUGUCCAGACGAGGGGCACCAUGGCAGUGGAGAGACCGCCUCUCUGAAAGCUAUUUCACCACAAAAGAGCCAAACUGCUCCCGAAUAGCAGAGGAGCUCCACUUUAUCACGGCUCCCUUGAGUCGAGAGGAAGAGGAGUACCCUCUGGCCUUCAUCAUCACCAUCCACAAGGAGCUGGAGUUGUUCAUGCGUCUCCUAAGGGCGAUUUACGCCCCCCAGAACGUCUACUGUAUCCACGUCGACGCCAAAGCCUCACAGCAGUACAUGACCAUUGUCCGUCAGCUGGCCAGCUGCUUUCCUAAUGUGUUUCUGGCAACCGCAAGAGAGAAGGUCACCUAUGCAGGCUUUUCACGCCUCAAGGCGGACCUCAACUGCAUGGCAGAUCUGGCCAGAUCCUCCAUACCCUGGAAGAAGGUAAUAAACCUAUGUGGCGAGGACUUCCCACUGAAGUCUAACCUGGAAUUGGUGCAGUAUUUACGGAACAAGCCGUGGGAUAAAUUAAACAUGACUCCAGGCAUCAAACAGCCACCGUCCAUGAGGUACCGAAUACAGAUACCUUACGAGGAGAUUAACCACUCCUACAUGGCCCCUAAGGGCAAGAAGUACAGAAAGGGGCCACCUCCACACAACUUGGACAUCUACUUUGGGACAGCUUAUUAUGCUCUCACACGGCCAUUUGUGGACUUUGUGCUGCGGAGUACAGUGGCUAAGGACCUACUGGAAUGGUCCAGAGAUACCUACAGCCCUGAUGAGCAUUACUGGGUAACACUAAACCACCUAAAAGAUGCACCAGCAAACAAUCUAGAAGGCAAGUGGUCAGGUGACAUUCGCGCAUUAAAAUGGAAACAUUAUGAAGAAGUAAAACACAAAGGCUGCAAAGGCAUGUAUGUCAGAAAUAUCUGCGUCUUCUCCCUGGAGGAUCUGCUGUGGGUCACUAACAAGCACAGCAUGUUUGCUAACAAGUUUCAAAUGCAGCUUUUCCCAAAGGCCGUGCACUGCAUGGAGCUGUGGCACCGGCAGAAAGUUCUGCGGCAAGCAGAGGUUCCCAUCCAGCCAGAAUGGCGCCUUAUCAUUUAAGCAUAGAAAUCACAUUGGAAUAGAGCUGAAGGCAGCCAAUGCAUGACAAUAGAUUUUUCUCAUUAAAGCGAAUAGGGAUGCAUUAUUUUCAGGUGCAAAGUGCUGAAACUCUGGUGAUUGGCAGCUUUUCUACAAUUUAUUCUUUGCUGGCUUUGUUAUUCUUUGUGUGGACCCUAAUCAGAGACUGAUGUUUAGAUAACAGGAGCCACCAUCUCUGUUCUAUGUCUUAGGGUUUGUUACCUGCAUUUUGUUCUUGGAAUUAUACAAAUGGCUUUGGGUCCAAUUUGUUACACACAUUUCUUGUUGACACAAAUUUCAUCACGAUAAGCCUUAAAGCUUUUUACCCAGUUUUUGGGGAAAUCUCAGCAAAAAGAAAAGAUCCCUUUAAAAUGUCGUACAAGAAUCUUUGUGUUAUUUCCCAAAUUCUGAAGAACACCUAUUUUGACUUCCCUAUUAAUGCAGAAAAUGAUUU